AUGAUUUAUGGUGGUAUAGGAAUAAAUAGCAGUGACAAUGACACCGAGGAAACGGACGAUAGUGAAUUAAAUAACAGCAACCAAAAUGCGCCAGCCAAUGUUAAUUUAAAUAUGAACUACGAAAAUGACAAGAAUAAUGAAAAUGUUGGCAGCACAUAUGGGGAGGUCGAGAAAAUGGCAAGCACUAGCAAACAAGGCAGUGCUAAGGAAGCUGCUAAUGAUACGGAUACCAUCCGUAUCAUUACGGAUAAUGCGGGUGAUAAUGAUGAAAACAGUGAUUGCAAAAGCUGUCACCAUUUAGAGAUUCUAAAUGAUGCAAAUGCACGAUCGAAUGGGCAGAUAUCUAUGCAUUAUCGUAGUCAUUAUCAAUGUGAGAAUGUCAUGGUCAAUUGCUCAUCUCAUCUUAAAGAUGACAAGGUCAAAAUCCUCAGUGCAAGCAAUAAGGAACUGGCUGUAGGAAAUGGUUGGGCUGUGAAUUCUUUCACUUGUAAUAAUCUUAAUCAGUGGCAAAGUAGUACCGGAGACGUACAUCGAGCAAUCGCAUGUGUAAUCGAAAAAAAUCUUUGCAUGAAAUGUAUGGCCAUGCCCAUUUUACCUGCUGAUGAUGCUGAUGUUGUGAAUGGUAUGGCAAGUUCAAAGCAGUAUAUAAACAAUGGAUGUUUUGAAUAUGUGGUUAACUGUUCAGCUAAUCAGCCUUACAAUCGCGUAGAAAUUGUGAGUAAAGAAGAGAUAUUAUCUAAUGGCAUCGGUUCUCUGACUGCAUCUUUUACCUGUAAUUUGGAUGGUGAAUGGGAAAUGCCAAAUGGGAAAAAAUAUUCCAGUAUUUCAUGCAUUGAGAAAGAAGAAGCAUGUUCAAAGUGUGCGAAGAUGACGGUAUUGUCAACAUCUGAUAGUGCAUUACAAGAUGGUGUGGUCACUGAACAUAUAAUUGAAAACAACCCAUGUCUCACUAUGGAUUUCAAUUGCUCUUCGCCAGAAGUUUCUUUAAACUUUCUUUAA